AGCCUUCUCUCCCUCCUCCUCCUCCUCCUCCUCUGACUGGCGAUGGCGAUGGCGAUGACGCGACGGAUUUGGGGGCGGUUGCUGGCCAUUGCGCUGGUGUUGGCGCAUUGGUGGGCGGCGACGGAGGCUUCGCACGUGGUGUACGAAUCUCUCCAAUCCGUGACCGCCGCCGUCGUGAGCAGCGAGUUGAGGCCCCGGUUCCACUUUCAGUCGCAGAGAAAUUGGCUUAACGAUCCGAAUGGUCCCAUGUACUACAACGGCCUGUACCACCUCUUCUAUCAGUACAACCCCAAGGGAUCGGUCUGGGGCAACAUCGUGUGGGCCCACUCGGUCUCGACCGAUUUAAUCAACUGGAAGGCGCUCGAACCGGCGAUCUAUCCUUCCAAGUCAUUCGACAUUAACGGAUGCUGGUCCGGAUCCACCACCAUCCUACCCGGAAACCGGCCCGUCAUCAUGUACACGGGCGUCGACCCGCAGAACCGGCAGGUCCAGAACGUGGCGUACCCGAAGAACCUAUCGGACCCGUACCUCCGCGAGUGGGUCAAGCCCGAUUUCAACCCGGUCAUCGCGCCCGAGUCCGGCGUCAACGCGAGCGCGUUCCGCGACCCGACGACGGCGUGGCGCGGCGUGAGCGGCCACUGGAAGCUGGUGAUCGGGAGCAAGAGGGACACGAGGGGGGAGGUGAUCCUGUACCGGAGUCGCGACUUCGUGCGGUGGGUCAAGGCGAAGCACUCGCUGCACACGGCGACCGGUACCGGGAUGUGGGAGUGCCCGGACUUAUACCCGGUGUCGUUGCGCGGCCGCCUGGGGCUCGACACAUCGACGCUAGGAGGCGCCGCCGUGAAGCACGUUCUGAAAGUGAGCCUGGACGUCACCAGGUACGAGUACUACACGGUCGGGACUUACGACCACAUCAAGGACAGGUACGUACCCGACGGCGCGUCGCCGGACGGCAACACCGGGUUGAGGUACGACUACGGUAACUUCUACGCUUCGAAGACGUUCUUUGACAAUAAGAAGAACAGGAGGAUCUUGUGGGGAUGGACCAAUGAAUCCGACUCCGUCAACGACGACAUAGCUAAAGGAUGGGCCGGUAUCCAGGCUAUUCCAAGGGCUGUGUGGCUCGCCGGAAACGGUCGCCAGCUUAUCCAAUGGCCAGUUGAGGAGCUCGAAUCUCUGAGAAGCAAGCACAUCGUCGUCCAGAACAAGCAAGUGCCGAGUGGUGGUUUACUUGAAGUGAAGGGGAUAGAUUCUUCUCAGGCGGAUGUGGAGGUGACGUUCCAAGUCUCGGGGCUGGAAAAAGCUGAGGCCUUUCAUCCUUCAUGGGCAACCGAUGCCGAAACACUGUGUGGCCGGAAGAGAGCAGACGUCAAAGGUGGAGUCGGACCUUUCGGCCUCCAUGUUCUAGCUUCAGCCAACAUGGAAGAGAAGACUGCUGUCUUCUUCAGAAUCUUCAAGGCCGAACACAAAUAUAAGGUCCUUCUGUGCCAUGAUCCUACCAGGUCAUCUCUGAGGCCGAAUCUGUACAAGCCAACGUUCGCGGGCUUUGUUGAUGUCGAUAUAGCUAGAACCGGCAAGAUAUCUCUUAGGACCUUGAUUGAUCACUCUGUGGUGGAGAGCUUUGGAGCGGGAGGCAUGACGUGCAUUACUUCGAGGGUUUAUCCCAGCUUAGCCUUGAGGAGAGACGCUCAUCUCUUUGCGUUCAACAAUGGAAUUGCAGACGUGAAAGUUUCGACGCUGAAUGCAUGGGAGAUGAGGAGACCUCUCAUGAAUGGCGCAUAGGAAGGCAUUCGUUGAAAUGCCAACUUGGUAGAAGGUUUCUAUUAGAGCCCAAUAGAGUUGGAGCUUAGUGCUUUUACCAGAGCUUAAAAUAAUGCUUCCAACUUUCUUUUCCAUGUCCACACGAAUAAAAUGCAAAUUUGAUC